AACAACCAUAAUCAGAUCAUCACAUAGGGCCAGUUUCAUAUCAUCCCAAAGUUAUGAAGCAUCACAUGCUUUAUUAAUCAUUGCAUUAAAUGACUAAUGAAGCUCCAUUAUCUAAUUAAUAUUACUUAUUAUUAGUCUGCUCUCCUUUUGAUAAUUGGCUUCCCCUCACCUCCCUCACCCACCAGCCAAUACAGCUUUACUUUGCAUAUAUUAAGCAGUGGGCAGCAAAAGUAAAGAUGAUUGAACUAAAACUAAACCAAUCGCAAAGUUUCACUUUCCUCUUUGUGAAAUGCAUCAGAACAGAUCAAUUGCAGCUUCAUCUUUGGAGUGCGACCUCCUCAUAGUAUGCAGAAUUUCAUGGGGAGGUGGCAACGGCACAAGACAUUAGCGGAGCUUCGAACAAAGACGAAGAGUUCUUGUGGAGCCCUGUGCUGUAGCUGUUGCAGUGGCCUCAGCUCCAGACUUAGUGUUUCUUCUUCUUCUUCUUCUGCAUCUUCGUAUGAUAUUGUUAGUUCUGGCACUGAACCAUUACAGACUUUAUCAAGCCUUGCACAUGCCAUGGUGCAAGAGAGGCUUUCGAGGAUGAUUGAUGAGGAGAGAAGAAGGGUGGGUGACGGUGGGCGGCGGUGGCGACGGCAAGGCCAAGGAUGUAUUGGCGCAGGCAAAGUGAUCAUAUUGGUGGCCAUGGAUAAGAGUUCUUUUGAGCCAAGGAGGGAUUUCAAGGACUCCAUGAUGGAGGUUAUUACCUCAAAAGGAUUGGAAGAGCCAAAGGAAUUGAGGAGCUUAUUGAACUGUUACAUCUCCAUGAAUCCAAGAGAGCAAAGGCAGGCAAUUCUUGAGGCUUUUCAUGAGGUUUGCACUGCCAUGUUUUCUUGUAGGUGGUGAUCAAAAGCUGAAUGAACAUUGUUGUAAUAAUAUUCCUGUGUCAUCGAUCUGAUAUCAAUACAUACAAAUUACUAAUUUAUGGAUGGCUUUGCAGCACCUUA